AUGCAUUUGUUAACCCCCAUGGAGAGCUGUUUGGGGGGCGCGUCCGAAGUGUGUUGCGCGGCGAUUGACGCGGCCUUCGCGCCCGGGACUAAAGCGUCAACCAGAAACUGUCUGUGCCUGCCGGACGUCGCAACCACGGGGCUCCACGUGGCGCUCGGGUUUGGGGUCGACUUCAACAAGGUUCUGUCCGACUGCUGGACCGACUACGGGCUGCAGACCAACUGGUACGGCGAAACAAAUGGCCACUGCCCGACGCUCGCCGUAAGGUCCGAUCCAUACCUGUGGCGCGCGCUCGUGCCCAAUAUGAUUACCCUCCUGCUGAUCUACUGGGUCCUGUGCGCGGUCGCGCACUCCGCGCUCCGCCGGCGGGCGCCGCCCUACCGGACGCUGUCCGCGCUCAAGCAGCGGAACACUGCGACGUACCUCCUCGAGAUUCUGGUGACGUCAGCUGCGCUCGUGCUGACGUUGGCCUACGGCGGGGACGUGCUGUUCUUCGGGCGGAGCGGCUCGGUCGCGGCCGCGACAAACGCGCGCAUCGGGCUGCUGCUGAUCGCGAGCCUGUACGUCUUCGAGCUCGUCUACCGGAACGAGACCGGAAUUCCGCUCAUGCUGCACCACGUGGUGACGAUCCUGCUGAUCGUGCUGCUGGACUUCUCGAGCAAGGACGACGCGCCGUCCGCCGAGGCGCGCGCGUUCCAGAGGUUUGGGCUGCUCGUAUCGCUUCACGCGUCGACGGAACAGCUGACGUUCGUGGGGCUCGCCAUGUACCGGCUGGGGCACCCUUGGGCCGCGCGCGUCAUGAAGAUCUCCACGUGGCAGGUCCUCGUCUUCAAGCUCGUCAUCAACGUGCUGACGUGGGCACUCCUGAUCGACUUCUACGUUACCCAGUACGACGAGCCGUCCGCGUCACGCAGCGGCACCAACUGGCAUAUCGUAUGGCCCAUCCUGCUCCCUUUCCUCAACAUGGCUCUCUUCGCCUCCCAACUCUACUCCGUCUACAUCAUCCACGUCAUCGCGACGCGGCUCGAGGCGCGCGCGCGCUCAGCCGACCUCAGCGGUGACGACUCCCCGUCUGGUGAUGAUGGCAGCGACGCCGCGGAGAAGACGGUGACGUGGCAGCUGGAAGCCGCGCCCGAAGAGGAGCAGAAGGCGCCCGCGUUCAACCGGAGCCAGAGUGCGCCGGCGAGUGCGCGUUUCGUACGGCAGACUAGCCUGCAGCGCGCGCGCACGUUCGCGCACCAGGCGAGCAUAAAGAUUCACGACGCUAUAGAUCAGGACAUCGAGAAUGUGUAA